GUGUGUUGCUGUAUGGGAAGGCUGAGUACCGAGCCGGACAUGAAGUCUCCCAGCACGGGAUGUUAGUGAGGGAGAGGACCAUGAAGGAAUGGCAGAGCGGCAGCGAGGAUGGGGGGGAGGAGGACCGCCGGCCGCUGCUGGGAGACGCCGAGUCUGGCUCCUGUCACAUACAGCAAUACCCGCUACCAACACCGGCAGCCAAAGUGCCCGUUUGCUGCUCUGCCCGCUACAAUCUGGCCGUCAUGGCAUUGUUUGGUUUCUUCAUGCUGUAUGCAUUACGGGUAAAUUUAAGUGUAGCACUGGUAGACAUGAUAAAUUCAACAUCAACUAACCAAGAAAACACAAGUUCCAAAGUGUGCCCUGAACAUUCAAUUUCCCCAAAGGUUCCACAUAACAGCACGGGUAAGAAAUAUAACUGGGAUGCAAAUACACAAGGCUGGAUACUUGGUUCAUUUUUCUAUGGAUACAUCCUCACUCAAAUCCCUGGUGGAUACUUAGCUGGUAAAAUUGGUGGCAAGUUGUUACUUGGAUUUGGCAUCUUUGGCACUGCUGCACUUACAUUGCUGACUCCAGUAGCUGCGGAUUUAGGAGCAGAAUACCUUAUAGCUGUUCGUGCACUUGAAGGACUCGGAGAGGGUGUGACCUUCCCAGCUAUGCAUGCAAUGUGGUCACAUUGGGCCCCACCAUUAGAGCGAAGCAGACUUUUAAGUCUUUCAUAUGCAGGUGCUCAACUUGGAACUGUUGUAUCGCUCCCUUUGUCAGGUCUGAUAUGCUACUAUAUGGACUGGUCUUACGUGUUCUACAUAUUUGGUGCAGUGGGUGUUUUAUGGUUUAUAAUGUGGCUCUUCGUUGUAAGUGACACACCACAGGUACACAAAUCAAUUACCGAUUCUGAAAAACAGUACAUUCUGUCAACUCUACAUAACCAACUUUCUCAGCAGAAUUCUGUACCUGUUUGUGCAAUAAUCAAAUCCGUGCCAUUGUGGGCUAUUGUCGUAGCUCACUUUUCUUAUAACUGGACCUUUUAUACUUUGCUCACAUUAUUGCCCACAUACAUGAAUGAUAUCCUGCGUUUUAAUGCACAAGAGAAUGGCUUUCUCUCUGCGCUGCCUUACUUUGGAUGCUGGGUCUUUAUGAAUAUUACUGGUCUUAUUGCAGACUACAUGAGGGAGAAAUUAAACUAUUCUACUGUAGCAGUACGGAAAAUAUUUAACACAAUAGGAAUGAUUGGACCAGCUUUAUUUUUAUUAGCAGCUGGUUACACAGGUUGUAACUAUAAACUGGCGGUCGCAUUUCUUACAUUAUCAACUACACUUGGUGGGUUUAGUGUGUCAGGAUACAACAUAAAUCAUCUAGACAUUGCACCAUCUUAUGCAGGAUUACUUCUUGGUAUAACAAACACCUUUGCCACAAUUCCUGGGAUGGUUGGUCCUGUUAUUGCCAAAAGUUUAACCCAUGCAAACACUGUGGAACAAUGGCAGAUUGUUUUCUACAUUGCUGCUGCUAUUAAUAUAUUUGGAGCCAUAUUUUUUGCAAUAUUUGCCAGUGGAACUGUGCAAACCUGGGCAGUAAGUCAAAAGAAGGAAGAUGAAGGCUAAAGAAAGCAUGAUUAUUUCCUGGACUGCUCAAAACACAACAUGCCUUGGAACAUUCUGGGACAACUACAUUCCUUUUUAUUUGAAAUUGUUUACAUGCACAUUUUAUGAUAAUGAAGUACAUUAUGUGUAAAAGCAUAGUUUUGUUUUGAAAGACACAUUAGACAAACUGUUCAUAUACAGUGUAAGAAAAUGAAUCAUAAAGCUAUAAUUUCAUGUAUGGCUUCCUUAAAAAGGGAAAUAUUUAACUAUUUUGACUUUCUUAUUAUAUUUGCCAUUUAUAUUUGUAUUAAAUCCUUGUAGGUUACAAGGGUAUAUGUUCCUGUAACAAAUGGUAGUACCAUCUUUUUGUUUAUAUGUAUAUGUGCAGAUUAUAUCAAGGGAAUGGACCAAAGUUUGUCAAAUAAUCCCACCAAAUGUUCCUAUUAAAAGUCGAUUGAAGUGCCUUAUUACUCUGUAGCAUUUAUAGCCCUCUAAGGAUCUCAAACAAGUUAAACUAGAAUAGCACUUUAUAGUUAUGACUUAGAUAGGGGUACUCAGGGAUCAAUAUUACAUGGAAACAUUGAUGAAAGAAAUGUGUAUAAUUUCAGAAAAUACCACACUGAUGCAGUUGAUAAUGUUGCAUGUAUUGGUUACUCAGUAAAACUGUCUUUUACAAACCAUUAAUGCCUAAACUGAAAUAUAUUCCCCCUAUGCGUGUUAUUUCUAUUUACCUGUUUCUUUCCUGUAAUGUAUGUAGUGUUUUUUUAUAAUGGGAUCAUGUUGUGUGGUGCAUAAGACAAUCAUAUUCUUAUUGUCAAAGUGUACAGAUCUUUAAUGUCAGGCACUUACGAAUAAUGAAAAAAAAUAUAUAUGUUUGUGUAUUUCAUAUCUAAACCAUAGUUUUUUGUUUUAUUUUUUAUUUCAAGAUAUGAUUGAGGUUCUUUAAAGAGAGAACAUGUGAAGAAGAAAAAAAUACAUACAGUAAAUGUGCAUAUUUUUCCUUACAAAUCAUAGAAUGGUUUGCCAUUCUUAAAGGGAUUCUAUAGUGCCAGGAAAACAAGGUUGUUUUCCUGGCACUAUAGCUCCCUAUAGUGCCCCCACCCCUCACCGUGGAGCAGAAGGGGUUAAAAUCCCUUCUGUGACUUACCUGAGUACCGCGCUGAUUUCCUUAUGGCUCUGGCUCGGGGUCUGCCUUUGCUCCUCCCAACAGGGCAAGGGGGCCGCGCUUGCAUUAGGGAUUGCCCCAUAGGAAGCAUUCUACAAUGCUUUCCUAUUGGGUUUCGGGUGAUGCUGGAGAUCCUAAUGCAUAGUGUAAUAAGGACGUCAGGCGAUCAAAGGUGGCCGAACGACCCGGAAGUUCCUCUAGAGGCUGUCUGGCAGACUGCCAUUAGAGGUGGAGUUAACCCUGGAUAGUAAUUAUCGCAGCUUCCCAAUAAGUGCAAUAAUUAUCUUUGCAGGGUUAAGGGACCUGGGAACAUGCAUCCAGACCACUUCAAUAAACUGUCCCUUUAACAAUACAGUGUCCCUUUACCAAUAAAUUCAGAUUACAAUGACAACUUUCAUGCUCAGGAUAACAGUCCCUGAACCAGCAAGCUUUUUUUCUUUAUGACCUUCACUUCUCUCCUCAUGCACUGACUGAAUGUCCUAAACUCUGUUUCAUGGUUAUGCCAUUGAUGCAUAUUAAAAUACAGAGCUAGAACCUACCUGCUUGGUUCCAAGCUAGGUAGUGUUCUGUUGGCUCCAUGUGGAACUCUAUGGUCACUGUACGUUACUGCAGUGCAGGUCAUUGGCAGCAUUGUGAUAAGUGAAAGUUAAUUUGCACUGUAUAUCCUGUCAUAAUUGUAAUUGUUAUGAAAAUUUCCUGAAAUGAUUAUUAUGAAAAUUUCCUGAAAUGAUUAUUACUGAAUUAAACCUUUUUUUUAUGAUGUGUUUUAGUAUUUCAUGUUGGCGGGAAGCAUGUCAUUUGAUCAGAAUGUGCUGCACAAACAAUAAAAAAUACUGUUCUCAUGAAAGGUUA